CGUGUGGGGGGAGGGGACCAACUGGGCUCCAGCUGGGGGAGGGGCGGACGGGGCGGGACCUUUGCGCCGGAGCCCUGUGCUCCUUUCCCCAUACUCCGCUGGCAUGGGGGGUCCCGCGGGGCCCCCGCUUUUCCUCCACGCCCCACACUGGCUCCUCUGCCUGCUCUGCCUCCUCCCGCAGCUGCUUAAAGCUGCCGGGCCGAGCCGGGCGCCCAUGGCCCUGCCCCCAUGGGCGCUGCUGGAGCAGUAUUGCCUUGGACUCACAACCCUCGCCAACAGAUCAGUCCCUCGCAGCCACGCCGGGCGCGCACUCACACCCUCUCUGGGCUCGCGGCUCCCGGGCGCGAUGGACGCGGCGCUGCUCUACAGCCUGUUGGAGGCCAACUGCAGCCUGGCGCUGGCCGAAGAGCUUCUCUUGGACGGCUGGGGGCUGCCCCUGGACCCCGAGGGUGCCUACUCCUACUGCAACACGACCUUGGACCAGAUCGGGACGUGCUGGCCCCGGAGCGCGGCCGGAGCCGUGGUGGAGAGGCCGUGUCCUGAGUACUUCAACGGCGUCAAGUACAACACGACCCGGAAUGCCUAUCGAGAGUGCUUGGAGAAUGGGACAUGGGCUUCACGGAUCAACUACUCACAGUGUGAGCCCAUUUUGGAUGAUAAGCAGAGGAAGUACGACCUGCACUACCGCGUCGCCCUUGUUGUCAACUACCUGGGUCACUGUGUUUCUGUGGCCGCCCUCGUGGCUGCCUUCCUGCUUUUCCUGGCCCUGCGGAGUAUCCGCUGUCUGCGGAAUGUGAUUCAUUGGAAUUUGAUCACCACCUUUAUCCUGCGCAAUGUCACAUGGUUCCUGCUGCAGCUCAUUGACCACGAAGUGCAUGAGAGCAAUGAGGUCUGGUGCCGCUGUGUCACCACCAUCUUCAACUACUUCGUGGUGACCAACUUCUUCUGGAUGUUCGUCGAGGGCUGCUACCUGCACACGGCCAUCGUCAUGACCUACUCCACCGAGCGCCUGCGCAAGUGGCUCUUCCUCUUCAUCGGAUGGUGUAUCCCCUGCCCUAUCAUUGCUGCCUGGGCCAUUGGCAAGCUCUACUAUGAAAACGAACAGUGUUGGUUUGGCAAGGAGCCCGGUGACCUGGUGGACUAUAUUUACCAAGGCCCCAUCAUCCUUGUGCUCCUGAUCAAUUUUGUAUUUCUUUUCAACAUCGUCAGGAUCCUCAUGACAAAACUCCGAGCAUCCACGACAUCGGAGACAAUCCAGUACAGGAAGGCGGUCAAGGCCACCCUGGUUCUCCUGCCCCUCCUGGGUAUCACCUACAUGCUCUUCUUCGUCAACCCUGGGGAGGACGACCUGUCGCAGAUCGUGUUCAUCUAUUUCAACUCCUUCCUGCAGUCGUUCCAGGGUUUCUUUGUGUCUGUCUUCUACUGCUUCUUCAAUGGAGAGGUGCGCUCGGCUGUGAGGAAAAGGUGGCACCGCUGGCAGGACCAUCACUCCCUCCGAGUGCCUGUGGCCCGGGCCAUGUCCAUCCCCACGUCGCCCACACGGAUCAGCUUCCACAGCAUCAAGCAGACGGCCGCCCUGUGAGCCCCCCCGUCACCCCGCUCACUCAUCACUCACCAUCAGGACAGCUUCCCUAUCCCGUGGGGUGCCUCUCUCUGGGUUCACUUUGCCACCUCACAGCUCAGGCCCUGGUGGGGGCACAAGGGAGGGGAGAGAUCAGCUGGCCAGCCCUGCUAGAGAGGGGUGUGCAGCAGCGGGCAGCGGGAGAGGCUCUCCGGAGCCAGGCCCACUAGGUACCUGUCUCAGUGCCGAGGGAGCAGAGGGAUGUCACAGAGACACCUAUCCCUGCAGAAGAGCGGGUCACAUGUCUUCAGGCAUUUGCCCACACCAGCCUCUCUCCUGGCAUCCUCACUAUAGCCCCACUCACAGGCAAGGAAACAGGCCCAGCUCCAGGAAGGGCCUGUCCAAGCCACACAGCUCAUUCAUGGCAGAGCGGGGACUCCCCACUCUGUGCAGGCUUUCCCACCAACAGCAGGGUAACAUCUGACCUUGCUCCCUGCUCCCUGCCUUCUGCCUCCCAGCUCAGGCUGGCCUCUGCAGUGGAGGGGGCAGGGCACAGCAGCUGGAAGCAAGGAAUUCGUUUGGUUUCCUCCCACGGGCUCUCACCUACCCCACCCCAGAGCAGGCCAUCUCUCUGCCCGUCCCCACCCAUCCUCCUGUCCCUGGGUCCUGGAAAAGAUGCUGCUUCCUGUCCCAGGAGAGCUUUUCUCAACCUAGUCCACAGACUCAGGGCCUUGGGGAGGGACACUAGAGGAGGAAGAUGCAGCUAGGAUAACCCUACGCUCUUAAGCCACCAGAUACAUAGUACAGAUGAAGUGAGGAGGAGAAGCAUGGUGGCCGGGGGCAAGGAGUCGAAAACCAACUAGGUCUUCGGUGAUUGGAACAAAUCUCCCACCUCCCACUUUAGACUGGGCUUCGAUUCAGCCUCCCCUUCAGAAACAUCUCGGCUCUCUGUGAAAUAAACCAUGCCUCUGUGGAAACAGCCUUCCCUCAGGUCAAGUCAACCAGGCAUACGAAGGGGUGCUGUGGCCAAGGAGGGGGAGCUGGAUCCAUUCUCAUUUGCAGAGCCCACGGCCCUGGCCUAGGGCUGGUUCUCCUCUCUGACCUGUGUGUCUGCCAGCCUGUCCCUUCCUUAUUCCCCCAAGAGUCUUUACCCCUCCUCUCCUACCAACAGCAGUUUAAUUCAGCACAGAGGAGAGAGGGGCAAUUCACCCAGCACGCCAUAGCUCUGUCCCAAAGCCAGUGUCUGAAAUCCGGAAGCAGGUGUAGACCACACCCCACAGUAUCCACGAACAAUACCACAGGACGUUUCCAGGAGAGGGUUGGAGUGGACAAGAGGAGGCAGGAGCCAUCAGGUCGGGGUUCAAAAGAGCUUUUGCUCUGGGAAUACCACCAACAUAUUUUUUAAAAUAAUUAUCCCAUCUUGCAUAUUCUUCAGUUGACAUCUAAUAUUAUUUAGACUUUUAAAUUGGCAAGAGGUGAUUUCUGGCUUUUGGCAAAUAUUUACAUUUUAAAAUAAAACUGCCAAAACACUUUAAAAUACAUCACUAAGAAUCCAAACACAGCCGUGAUUUAAUAGCCAGGCUCUUCUGUUUGAAAAAAACAAGCUAACCAGCUCUUCCUCAACAGCUGGAAAUUUUACAUUGUCCCUUCUUUUUUGGAACUUGUAUCUUCAUUCCAUUUCCCCCAUAGGAUUUUAUACUAAUGCAGUGUUUUUAUGGGUUAAAGUCUUUCCUUGAUUACCUUCUCCUACUUCUCUGCCACAAAAUAUAUUUGGAAAUUGAAAUAGAAAUAUUUAAUUAUCUGUGACUAAAAUUUGUGAGAGAUUAAAAAAAGAAGUCUUCUGGAUUGAGUUACCACAACUAUUUUUGAUAUAAAAUAUAGGAUACAAUUGAUUAAUACAACACAGACACUUAAAGUUUUUGUAAGGCAAAUGUUAAACCUAAAAAGAAAAAUCCAUCAAAAGCACAUCUGAAUGGAAUGGAUAGGAAUUUAAUUGUUCAUGAAUCCAUGGGUGAAUAUUUAUUGCUGGAAUAAAUCAGGACUCAGCAUCUUUUCUUUCUUUUUCAUUUUUAUAGCUUCACAUGCUGAGAAUGAGAAGCCUUUUCACAUAAAUAAGUAGAUAUCAGGGUCCCUGACCUCCUUCUGAGACAUAUGCCCAAAACUGCAUAGUGAUCUAUCAUCAAAAAAAUUAUGUGUCAGCCCACCACUUAAUUAAGUCCUGUUUAAAUGUGGCUGAAAGAAAUGAACUGAAAAACAUUUGACUUGCCAAAGGCUCGGCUUCCCCGGGCAGGCGCUCCUGCCAUCAUUUACCAGGGGCAGCUGAGCGGGGGGAGGUUCAUGGCUGGGCACUGCACCCGAGGGACCUGCGGCCGGGCCCCCCUGCUUUGCUUCUGUUGGUGGGAAGGGAGGGGGCUCCCUGGCUCUGUGCUUUCUAGAGACACAGGACUAACUCUUCGUGCGCCUUGUAAAGGCUCCCUGGUGCUCAGAGGUGGCAUCCUGCUGCUUGCAUUAGCAUCGCUGCUGGUGGAGCAAGGAGCUCAGUGCUCCUCACAGCAGUGCCAGGCCCCGACCCCUCAUCGCUGCUCCUCAGAUGCGGCUCCUCGCCCCACGCGUGGCCCCAGUUCCCAGCUGGCAGAGCAGCCAAGUCACGAGCCUCUGCUUAGCAGGCAGUGUGGCCUGUUCCCGCUUCCGUUCAGAGAAGGCCCCUCGUUGGUCCUGUGCUGAUUGACACAUAUCCCCUCACCCCUGGGGCCCUCGGUCAUGCCCCCAGCCGGGCCUCUGGCUAUGAAAUGCCAGCAGAGC